UCUUCAGCUCCAGUCCAAAAGUUUUGGAAAUGCCAGUCAUUUUGUGUCAUUUUCUCAGAGGAUAUUUUUUCCUGCCAGCGAGUCAUAAUGUCAGUGCACAGCGGUGAAUCACAGGACAGCGGCAGCUAUGAUGGUGAAGACUCUGAAAGGUGUUUACCAUGUGCUAAUCUAACCAUUGUGGUUGGAGGCACACACUUCUCUGAGGAGAAAAUGUUACUGGUGCAGAGCUGUGACUAUUUUCAAGCUCUGUAUCGCUCUGGGAUGAAGGAAUGUCAGCAGGAAGAAAUCCACCUCAAGUCUCUGCGUGCUCAAGGCUUCCAUCUAGCUUUAGAAGUUUUACAUGGGGAGAAGCCAAUUCUGGAUGAGGAUGCUAUUGUGGAAGCCAUCGAAUGUGCAGCUUUCUUGCAGGUUCCACCACUUACUAAGCAUCUUAUUGACUUAAUUGAUGCAGACAACUGUUUGCUGAUGUAUCACACCGCUGCAGUCUUUGGCCUCAUGGAUCUGUACCAUGCUGCUGCACUGUUCAUUCGAGACAUAUACACCGACCUUGGAGUAGAGGUCAGGAAAACCUUACCAUUAGAGCUGAUCUCUUACGUGGAGUCCUUGACCCCACGUGUUUUUGUGGCCGUAGGGGCCCAUGUUACCUGUGGUUUGGGUGAAACUGUACAUGCUGCCUCCAGGACCAUCUGCUACCUAGAUGAAACUGGCAAUACCUGGAAAGUAUUAACAGAUCUUCCAUUAGAGGCCAGCACCUUUAUGGCUGGAGUGACUGUUUUAGACAACAAACUGUACAUAAUUGGCGGCAUUCAUGGCAUCCAUAAACAAGUCGUGGAUUCUUGUUUCUGCUACAGUGUUGAAAACAACAGCUGGAGCAGAAUCCCCAGCCCAGUGCAGCUGCGUUACAAUCUCAGCCUUGUGGGUGUCAACGGUUAUCUAUAUGCCAUAGGGGGGGAAUACGAGCGAACACUGAUGUCAUCUGUGGAAAUAUACAAUGUAAAAAACAGAAAGUGGACAUUUGCUGCCAACCUACCUCGGCCGGCAGCAGGAGCGGCUUGCACCAAAACCAUGAGCAGGAUAUUUGUGUGUUUAUGGAGGCCAAUGGAGACCAGUGAGAUCUACGAGUAUGCCUCUGGGAAAGAUGAGUGGCAGCUAGUUACCAGGCUGAUCAGGCACCAAAGCUACGGCCACUGUAUGGUGGGCCACAGAGACAACCUCUUCAUCAUGAGAAAUGGCCCAUCCGACGACUUCCUAAGAUGCCUCAUGGACUGUUAUAAUCUGAGCUUGGGCCAAUGGUCAACCUUGGCUGGACACUUUGCCAACAGUAAAGGUUCGUUGUUCACUGCUGUGGUGAGAGGGGACUCUGUGUUUACGUUGAACAGAAGCAUGACACUAGAAUACAUAGUUGAAGGUAGAAGCUGGAAGCCUAGACGGCAGAUGAAGGGUUUCCCCAGAAGUGGAUCUGUGUGGACAUUUCUGCUCCGGCUGCCAGAAGCUCUCAUGCUGUAGUAGUGACUUUUUCU